AUGCAUGUGCACGUCAAAGUCACCUGGAACCUACUUGUCGCGAGAUCAUACGCUUCGACCUCAGGGGACCUUUCAACUCACCUUCAACCUCUCAACCUCCUGCAGGUCCCGACAUCAGGCCCAAACACCGGACCGGUCACACCCUCUACCUAUCCACCGUACAGACCUUGGGGCAACCGAAAGAAAGGGUCCAACCACCCUUUCCUGCCUCUGCUUUGGCAGUCCUCGGGUCUGGCAGGUCUCAGCAAAUGCAGGUGCGAAUCUCAGGCCCUUCGUCCUGUUACGGCCAUCAUCCUCAGUUACUGCUUCGUAUCGUCGUAUCCUGCUCCUUUUUUACGCCCCCCCACCCCUCCGUCCGACUCAACAGAAGGUUUUCCCCUCCGCCCACCACCAGACAACCCCAAUCGUUUCCGCGUCCGGACUUGUGGUGCACGCACCAACCACGGAAACAUACUUUUUGCUCUCUUGAUCGUCUCUUCGGCACUCGGGUCCUGUGGCGCAUCAACAUCACCCAAUCGGUGCCCGACAUCGUCCACGGUGGCAUCUCCCACAGACGCUGCCAGUCAUGCACAACACAACCCCCCCCAUCGGCCGAAGCUUACUUCCACCAUGGAGGGUGAGGGAGAAGCGCCGGCGUGCCAGAGAGGUAACGGAAAGUUGAAGAAAAGCUUGGUAUCCGAGCUCCCUCCUCCAAGGAAAGGUGCACCUAGCUUCGGAAGACGAAUUGACUUGCAUCGCCAAACCUGCCGCGCGGCGGGAGGCUGGAAACACCAAACGAAUGAAUCACAUUGCCCGCCCCGGUCCUGGUUGGCACACUGGGCGGACUCGGGGACUCCCAUGUCUGCCAUCUUCGCCCCUUCCCAGACCACUGCACGCGUGCACGCACUGCACUUGUUUGGCCCUGCAUGUCCGCCCGCUGCUUCCAGGAAAUGCAGGCUUCCUUGUUCACGAAACUUUCCCUUCGCCGUUCGGGGGAGGGAGUUAUUUAAUUUCCCCGAUCCUCCCCAGGUCAACCCUGGAAAACGCAACCAGCAGGCACACAUUCCAUCCAUCCUUAUCAUGCCGUACCAGUAG